CCAGUGUGUUUAAACCAGGGACGAUAUAAACUGUUGAUACAGGGAGAGCAGCUCAGGGGACUGAGUCAGACCUUGACUGGGAGUUUGUUUCUCGCUUUCACUCUGCGCUGAAACUUUUUAAACAUUUAAUUUCAAUACUUUAUCUUUCUAACAUUGCGGUAAUGUCGACCAACGGGAACUCCCUGGCCUGUGAGGGAAUGUACUCCAAACUGAUAGACGAUGAGGGAGCAUAUGACGACCAGAACCGCAGACCAGAUGUGGGACUCGGUGCUCACCCAGUAUCUCCAGUCAUGAUGAUCCCCAGGUCGAGCGGCCCAGGGCCCUACCGCCUUGUCACCUUCUGCCUGGCUACGCUGUGUGCCAUCCUGUUGAUCUCAAUCAUAGCUGUCACCGCACACUAUAAGAACAAAACUCAGAGCGGUGUUGAAGGGACGUCCGAGAUGCAGCGGCAGGACGUAAACAUGUCGGCUCUGACUGCCUCCAUCAGCAAACUGCAGCAAGAGAAAAACCAGCUUCAGCAAGAGAAAGACGAGCUGCUGGCCAAACUGGCUACCAAGAUGACCACGAAAGCUCCCAAUGUGAUCAAACCUAUGACGAAGGCCCCUAUCGUGUGCCCCGUGGACUGGUAUCUCUUCAACGACAGCUGUUACUUCAUCUCCAGAACCACAAGAGAUUGGCCCGAGAGCCAGUCGUACUGCCAGAGCCAAGGAGCUCACCUGGCCAUCAUCCACACGGCAGAGGAGCAGACAUUUCUGUGGGAUCUUCUUCCCAGAGGCCACUGGAAUGCCUUCUGGUUUGGGAUCACUGACGAGCACACAGAGGAUAAAUGGAAAUGGGUGGAUGGCACCCCGCUGGUUGGAGGUUUUUGGGAGGUCGGCGAGCCUAACAACCACAUCAACGAGGACUGUGGCUACAUUGUGAAAACACGUGUACUGGAGCGAGUGGCGAUUCGGAGCUGGUACGACGCCCCCUGCACUAUGUACUGGUCCUUUAUCUGUGAGAAAGAGAUGGGAACUGGUGCCAGCACCGCCAAACCACACUGAGACAGCAGUAUGGGUAUAAGCCCAUUUCAUAUAAGCCCAUUUCAUAUGUUUACCCCUAGCCCUUGUUUUCAAUUCCCCCUUUUUUUUUUACUUGCAACUUGGAACAGGGUUACAACGGGUAGUGGUUAAAAUCUUCCCCUAUGAAAUGCAACAACGCUUUAAGACCCUGAUAUUUCAUCAGCAGUGCCACACCAAAUCUGCGGACACAGAAUUUACGCGCAGAAUUUUCCGCAGAAUGUUCCGCAGAAUUUUCCGCAGAAUUAAUUUCCGCAAUUAAACUCAGAAUGUUAACACAUCUCCACCCCAAACAAAAAAACUGUCAGCUAAAGUCUGCUGAAAACUAAAAAAAGCUGAAAAAAAAAAAAAAAAUAGCAGAUUCCGUUUGGGAUCAUCAGUCAACGCAUUCUCUCAUGAACUGGUCCGUAUGAUAUC